AUGCCAGAUUCUGUUCCUGGGCAUGCAAAUGAAACGUUAAAUUUCCUGAUCGGAUUUUUAGUUUCAGUUGCAGCUUCAAUCAUGAACGCUGCUGGUCUUAAUUUACUGAAAUUAGAUCAUGAAAAAAAUUCAAGUAAACCAUCAUCAUUACAAAGGAACGAGUGUGGAAGGCCAUUAUGGCAUGUCGGUUUAUAUUUGUAUGUUGCCAGUCAGAUGGUUGGGAGUACCAUUGCGCUAAAUUUUCUUAAAGCUCAAUGGGUUGCUCCUCUUGGCUCAGUUUCACUCAUUUUUAAUUUUGUAUUUGCUAGAAUGUUAGUAGGAACUAAAAUCACGAGGAAGGAUAUAAUUGGAACAUUUGUUGUAAUCCUCAGUGUGAUUUGGAUCGUCAUAUUUGGAGGUGUUAACGCCGGAAAUAAUGACGAAUAUCUUACUUUGGGAAAAUUAAAAUCUCUUAUGAUAAGGCCACUUUUCAUUGUCUAUUUUUCAUUCCUUGAUAUAAUCACCUUUGGUUUAUUUGCCAUCGCUCUUUAUUCUUAUUGGAUACUAAAUGAUGAAGAUAGGAAGCAACGAGAUAAUUUUUAUAAAGGAAUUGAUUCGUUGCGACUACAAAAGGCAAUUGGUAUGACCAUGGCAGGCGUGGGUGGGUUAAUUGCAAGCCAGACUCUACUAUUGGCAAAGAGUGGCGUCAAGUUAUUCUCGAUUUCUAUGACAGGCAAUAAUCAAUUCACCGAUAAUUUAAGUUGGUUCAUUUUAGUUGGACUUGCUGUCACAGCCGUGAUGCAAGUAUAUUGUUUAAAUACAGCAUUAAAAUUACAUGAUUCCGUGUUGGUCGUGCCAAUGUUUUACGGCUUUUAUACAGCAAUGGGACUUGUAAAUACGAUGAUAUAUUUGGACGAAAUAUCGACAUAUCCGCUUUGGGCACUUUUAUUGGUUACAUUUGGAAUAGGUAGUUUGGUCGUGGAUUCAAUGGAUUUUGAAAUUGAUGAAGAGGAGGAAAUGAGGGAAGAAAAUAUGUUAGAUACAAAAGCGUGGGAUAUUGGUAGUACGAGCGGAGCUAGUAGUUCUGGGGGAUCUUAUGUAGGAAUAUUAAAUAGGGAUAGGACAGCAAAUAAUAGAUCUGGUGGAGGAAAGAAAAAAUUUGGAGAUGGAAGAUUUUUUUCAUUUUCAAAAAAAUCGUCAAAUAGUAAACCAGGACUUUUCAGAAUGUCAUUGUUGAAAGGAGGAAAGCAUAAAUUAAGAGAUUUAGACAAUACAAAAGACUCUCAUAAUGACAGUGAUAUGAACAAUUAUACAACACCACAUAUUAUUAUAGAUGAUGAAAGUAUUUCUGAUGAUGAGGAUUACAUACAAGAACAACGAGCAACAACACCUUCUAUCACAUCUCCUGCUACAGCCGCAACAACUGAUUUAAUGCUUUUCUCACCAACAUCAACAAAUAUAAAUUCGUCGACUGCUAUCAUUCAACCAAUAUCUUCAACCACCAGCAAUUUUAAUCCUUUAUUAAGGCAUAGGUUAGUUGAUAAUGUAUAUGAAAAUGAAAUAAUGUUUUCCAGGAGUUUUGAUGAUUUGUUAAAUACUGAUGAGUUAACAAUUGAUAAAUGGUCAAAGAAAAAAACUACAAUGAAUUAG